AUGUUGGUUUCCAUCUUCGUCAUCUACGUUUCAUCGAGCCAGAUUGGAUCUCCGGAUCGGAUGUACGAGCUGCUGAGGGAAGCAGCGCAACUUCACCCCGUCGCUGGGAAUGCUGAAGGGUCUUAUUUGACUAUGAAGAGCCCGGACGGUGCCUAUAUUGGUCUGAUCUUCAUCGGGGCUGGAUUCGCCUCUGCAGUCGACUCUCAAUUAUUCCAAAAAGCAAUCGCAGCAGACCCGGCUUCCACAUUUCUCGGCUACAUGGUCGGGGGACUGUGCUGGUUCACCAUCCCCUUUGUUCUCGCGACCACAUACGGUUUGACUGCUGCUGCCGUGGAACAUUUACCGUCCUUCCCAACGUACCCUCAUCGCAUGUCUCAGUCGGAGGUAACCAGCGGCAUGGCCAUGCCAUACGCUGCAGUCGCAGUAAUGGGCAAAUCUGGUGCUGGAGCGAUAAUACUCAUGAUGUUCAUGGCGGUAACAUCAGCUAUGUCAUCCGAGACAAUCGCAACAUCCACCCUGAUCACCUACGACGCAUACAAAGCCUACUUCGCCCCUCAAGCCACGAGCGCCAUGCUCGUCCGCGUAUCACGAAUUGCAGUCAUCAGCUUCGGGAUCAUCGUCGCCGCUGUAGCCGUCGCAUUCAACCACGCCGGUUUCUCAGUCAACUACCUCAUCAACGCGAUCGGGAUCUUCGUCGACUCCGCCAUCGUCCCCAUGGCCGGCACGAUCCUGUGGAAGAAACAGUCUGGCCGCCGUUAUCGUGUCUCCACUGUCUUGUUCCUGUGCAGCCAUUGCUGCCUGGCUGCUCACGGCCUAUUCGCAUGCGGGCGAACUGAGUAUCGACAGUACGAGUCUGCCUCUCCCGCUGGUAGCGGGGAAUAUGAUGUCGCUCUGUGGACCGCUCGUGGUCAUGCCGGUGUUUACAUUUCUGAAACCUCAGAAUUUCGACUGGGAUGUUCUGAAGGGCAUCCAGCUUGA